GGAAAUUUCGGUAAUCGACUGCCUUCGAAACUGCACUUAUUUGACACGUCAAAAUUGCGGCAAGUACUCCGAAAAUCCUAAACACAAAUUCCCAAUUGCUGGCCUAGAAAAUCCGAGCAACAGCCCAGUAGACAAUCCCAGUCGACGAUGUGGUCCUCCCCGGGAGUGUUGACCUCUGGAUUUUUACUCCAACGAUAACCCUCUGGCCUCACCCAAGAGGUUAGAACGUGAAAGUUCUUCCAGUUGUCGAGUACCCCACGAUGUGUCCCCUAAAAACCAAUUGAAGUGAUCUUGAUUGAGAUAAAUCUUCAGAGUCAUCAACAAUGCCAAGACUGUCGAUGCUUCCACGUACAUCCAGAAUCGUGGCCCUGUGUUCAGCUGCCAAUUUUAUAAAUGCAGCUGACAGAGUCAUCAUGCCUAUUGCCAUUGUUCCUAUGACUGAUGAAUACAAAUGGAAUUUACCCACGCAGGGAUGGAUACUUUCUGCUUUUGCCUUCGGAUACUUUGCCAGUCAGAUCGUUGGAGCGUGCACGGUGAACCGAUUUGGUUGUAAAACAGUGUUGAUGUCAGCUGUGCUACUCUGGUCAGUGAGUACAGUAAUAACUCCACUGCUAGUCCACUCUGUACCUCUCCUGGUGACAUGUAGAGUAAUCCUGGGUCUUGGAGAAGGAAUAGGAUUACCAGUUAUAUUUCACUUGUUUGCGCACAGUGUGCCUGCUGAGGAGCGAUCGAGGGCAUUUGGCUACCUCGUAGCAGCUGGAUCUGUUGGACAAGUCGUAGCCUCCAUAUUGUGCCCCAGAGUGCACUGGCAGACUGGUUUCUACUUAUUCGGCACUAUUGGAAUAUUUUGGACAUUAUUAUGGAUGAUUCUGUACCAAGAAUCUAAAACACAAGAAGAAAUACCUCUCUUUGUACCAAAGGUAACACAGAAUAGAGUGGUCAGAUGGACGGAAUUGAUUGCCCAUUGGCCUCUCUGGUCCCUCUACAUAGCCCAUUUCGCCAUGAACUGGAGCAACUACAUAAUCAUGCAGUGGUUGCCCACGUAUUUAUCGAGAAAUCUCUCAGCCAACACAGAGAGCAUCAGUCUGACAGCUCUUCCAUACGUCGUUAAUUCCCUGGUGGGCAUAGUUGCUGGCCACAGUGCUGAUAACUUAAUCCAGAAGAGAUGGCCGAUCCUCUCUGUUCGUAGAUUAAUGACCAACAUCGGCUUAAUUGGGCCUGGAGCUUUCCUCCUAGCAUUUUGCGCUGUUAAUAAUCUAUUACUAGCCGUUAUUUUUGUAUCCAUAUCCAUGGGACUCUGUGCGUGCAACUCAGCUGGACAUCUGAGUAAUCAUGCCGAUGUAGCCCCAAAUCAUGCUGGCAUAACAUUCGCAAUAUCCAAUACAAUAGCAACAAUACCUGGAAUAUUGUGUGGACCACUCACUGCUGAGUUAGUUACAGCCUCGAGUGGACGAUGGAUGCCAGUAUUCGUCUUGGCUGCUGCUAUUAAUUUCACGGGUGCUAUUAUUUAUCAGGGCCACAGUGCAGCCCUUCCGGUUGUAAGUUCCAGUAAAUUCUUCUAUUGAAUUUUUCCAUACCUC